GCGGGACGGGGCGGCACAGGGCACCUCCCCGGAGGGGAGCGGGGAAGGCGCCGCCGCCCCCUCCGGCUCCGGGCAGCACGGGGCUGCGCGGCCGCCCCCCGAGAUGUUUAACCGGGCCGUGAGCCGGCUCAGCAGGAAGCGUCCGCCGUCAGAGAUAAAUGACAGCGAGGGUCACCCAAGCAGCAGCCACCAAGCCUUGAAAGGAACCUCAAAAUGGGCUACAUCACUAGAGAACCUCCUGGAGGAUCCGGAAGGAGUGAAACGAUUUCGGGAAUUUUUAAAGAAAGAAUUCAGUGAAGAAAACGUUUUGUUCUGGCUAGCAUGUGAAGAGUUUAAGAAAACACAAGGGAAAAAACAGAUGCAAGAGAAAGCUAAAGAAAUUUACAUGACUUUCCUGUCCAGUAAAGCUUCCUCCCAAGUCAAUGUCGAAGGCCAGUCCCGUUUGAAUGAGACUAUUUUGGAGACACCUCACCCUCUCAUGUUUCAGAAGCUCCAGGACCAGAUAUUCAAUCUGAUGAAGUACGACAGCUACAGCCGCUUCCUGAAGUCCGACAUCUUCCUAAACCUGAAGAAGUCUGAGGAGCAAGAGGAGAACCCUCCAGAGGCUCAGACUGCAGCCAAGAGAGCCUCAAGAAUUUACAACACAUGAUGAGGAAUCUCAUCAGGAGAAGGCCAUACAAUAACUGAAUUACACUCAGGAACAGUCUAGGUUUAUAGCAGUUGCAUUUAGGGCUUAAAAAGCUCAAAACCUUUUUAGGAGAUUCUUACCUUCUUCAUUGCUAGAAUGACUAAUUUUUGUUUUGCAUGCUGGCUAUUAACCCAGCACCCAUGUGGUGCUGAAAGGCUGGGUCUUCCUCCAGAGCAUGAAUUGCAUUUCAUAUGUCACAUGUUAAAAGUGCUUUCAAUCUCUGUGUUUUCCUCUGUGAAGUGGCACGGUGAUGCUCCGUAGGAGUCAGGGUGGUUGGGUUUCUUCUUUCUGCCGUGUAAUUUUUGUUUGUGGCCAGCUUUUGCAUCCUGGAUUGCUGGGAGAGGCUGUUGAGGAGUACACUGCACCUGAGUUUGUCAAGGAGUCUUUCACAGCAAACUUAACCACGGAGGGACAGCACCUUUCAGGGUUCAGCUCAGUCGAAUCCAGUCCUUUGCUGUGUAACUUUGUCCUUUCGGGGUGAUACCUUUUUUGCUUUGCCUUGG